GGUCGUUGUAUUGUCUUUUAUAUCGGGUCUCGAUUUAAUCGGUACUCGAUUUCGUUUCUUACGGAUCUUGUUGUUACUAAAGUGGUUACGAUUGAACGAAGAUUGCCGCGGGGAGUGCAGGAGUAUUGCUCCUGGGGAGGGAUGCUCAACAAUAUUUCUGCUGGAACCUCCAUUCAUGGCAUCACCGGAGCGAAAGAUCUUCAUGCACAAGAACUGAAACACGAAAAAUUGGACGGUGUCCUGGGGACAAAUCUGGGUGGAGGUCUGUCUGCUGGUGGAGGGCUUACGCUUCAUCAAGAAUUAAUAAUGGGCAUGCCUGGAGCAGGAGGCGCAGGAGGUAUUGGCCAGAAUGACGACAAACCAACAAAGCAGAAACGACACCGGACGCGAUUUACUCCAGCCCAAUUAAAUGAACUAGAAAGAUGUUUUGGUAAAACUCAUUACCCAGACAUUUUUUUAAGAGAAGAAAUUGCCAUGCGGAUCGGGCUGACUGAAAGUAGAGUUCAGGUGUGGUUUCAAAAUCGUCGAGCAAAAUGGAAGAAACGUAAGAAGACAACAAAUGUGUUCAGAACACCAGGAGCUUUACUACCAUCUCAUGGGCUUCCGCCCUUUGGAGCAAUGGGUUCAGAUCUUUGUGGAGCUGCUGGGAUGUUUCACACUCCAACAGAUCGGUGGGCAAUGGGCCCAGGAUUAGGACAAUUGAGUCAAAGUAGCAUGGGAAUGACUAGUUUUGGCCAAAGCUUAGGUCAAUUAAGUCAACAGACUUCCGGAAGUCUUGGUUCAAGUUUAGGACUUGGUAAUUCUACCCUACCAAUCAGUAGCCCGUCUCAAACAGUUUACCAAGCGACCUAUGGACUUAAUUCUCUUGGUGGAGUUCACGUGACAGCGUCCCGCGGUUCACCACCGGGUGCUUCGUCUGUGGGCACGGGCGGUGGCCAGGGUAGCGGUGGUGGCCUUGGGGGUGGAAUGAAUUGUGGACAGGGUUCGCCUGGAGCUGCAUCCGGUAGUGGUGGUGGUGUUUCCUGCGUUGGAAGUGCGGAUGGGAGUGCCGGUGAAACUACCGAUUGGAGAGGCGCACACAGCAUCGCGGCGCUCAGACGUCGUGCUUCCGACGCCUCCCAGCAAUACAGCCCGCAGCCUCCACCACCCUCUGGUCCUCCACAAUACUCAUCUCACGAUCUCGAAUACAGUUCAGUGUAUUAAUGAUAAUUCUGCGAGAAUUGCAGACAACCCAAGAAAGACCACUUUAAAUUUAUUCUCAAGUUAACUAUUUGCUACGGAAAUAAAAAAUAAAUAAAUAAAAAAUAGUCCCAAUUUACUUGCAAUUUACAACUGAAUAUUUCAUUUAAAUGCUCUCAAAUUCUCAGUCUCUUAUUAUUAAUUUUAUUUUAAACAUUUUUAAAUUCAAUUUAUUACAA